AUGCUUGGUGCGUCAACUCGUGACAAGCGUUCUAAUAUCGGUCGACAAAAGACACGAGAAAAGAUUAACGUUGAAAAUAAUAACUACGAAAGAACAAACAUGUCCUUCUAUCCAACGCCGAGCCCAACUCAACAAGAGGUUGUCGAUAUCACCACAACUUACUAUACAGGUCCGGAUUUCACAGUGACUCGAAACCCCAGACCAUAUGAAGGUUAGCUCUAAUCCUCGUUUCGAUUUGAAGACAGGAUACGUAUAGCCACUUACUGUUAAUGUUCUCCCGUUUAGGAUUUGGCAUAAACGGGAGGCACGAAAUACUAAACGUCGAGACUGUAACUACCAUCACAGUCCGGGCCAGUAAUAGAGAAAUAUUCACCAUUACUCGGGACCAAAACGGAGGUAAGCAUGUACACUGAAAAAUUAACUUGGCAGUUACCAGUCAGAAGUUUACGAAUAUGGAAGAGCUAGCCUAAUAAUGUGCCAAUUUUUACUCUUGACAAUAACAAUCACGACAAAAGUUAAGAACGAAGACGAGCUAUUUGUUCUCCCAAAAUAAAAUUUCACACGCAUACCCAUUCUUCUCAUGCCGUUAUGCCCAAGUCUUGUGAUACGCUAUAAUCCUUUAAGUGACACAUUUUGGUACAAUCAUAUCAUUUCAAUUCAAAGCUUGUGUAGGCGAAACUGUAGCUCCUAACCGUUCAAAUAGCAAUAGCAAUAAAACAAUGGCAUUUACUAAAACCUGUUACAUGCGAACUAACGGUUUAAAGAAAGCGUUAACUGUAACACUCGUGUUUGAGAUCAUUCAUGUUUUUUCCCUUUUAGUGUAUAGAACAAACAACAGAAGAACUCAAGUAAGACGACGACGUUGAAAAGGUAAAAGCCCAGCAUCCUUAUAAUUUUCUUGCUUUCUUACGUCAUGACGUUGGAAGGUAUGCAUUGAUGGCAUUAAUCAAAGACAGUAAUUACUAAUGUAACAGUGUCAAAUUGCUUUAUAAACAUCACUGACAUACUCACAGAGCAACAACCACGUACUAUUGGACAACUCUCACAGAUUACUGCACAGGAAUUUCGCCAGUGGCCUCAUAUCUCAGAAUAACCUUAGCAUGGUCACAAUACAGAAUUUCAUCCACGUUGUACAGCAUUAUUCACAGUACCAGAGGGACAGGAAAGUUCUUCUCGAUAGCAAUAGAUAUAAUUUAGAAAAUAGUCAAUAACAGGGAAACAUGACUUGUAUAUCUGGUUACGAUGAUGUGAGUUAUGAUCCGGGAAAGGCGGAAAGCAAUUUCGCUUGUAAUGGGGCAAUACGCUUUCCUCAUAUAGGAAUGUUUACAUUUUUACACGGAGAAUGCAUAAACCUACGAAAGAGUUUACGAAAUAAAAGAAACUUAAACUCCAUCUUGAAAGGGCGUUUCCUUGUAUUUAAAUAUUUCGACUAGUCAUAUGAGUUGCAAAAAAUAACCACGAAAAGGUUACAGUUUCACAUGUUCCUUGCAUAGGAUUUCUGUAAUAUUUACACUCAGACGAGAUUUUGUUGUAAAGAAGUUGCUUGAAAAAGUAAGGAUUAAUAUACAGGCUGCUUCGUGAAUGCUUCGAAAAUUUUGGUUUUAAAACCAAUCAGAAGUAUAGUACAGGUACUAGUAAAGUUAUCACCUUUUCCACAUGUUCCUUGCCGUUUUUGCCUAUCUUCUUAUUUGGAUCAUUUCUUAAAGUGUAUGCAGUUGCAACCUAAAACUUCCUCAAUUCAUAUUUGGCGAGAGAAAAACUUUCUAUUUUUUUAUUAUCUUAUUUCAGGAUUUCCAGGAGGCUCUGAAACACUGCACCUUUGUAGACAAGACUGGUAG